AUGGCGAACAAAAAGGCCCAGCAGCUGGUGGUCGCAGAUAACUCCGAACGCGCCGAGUCACCUUUCUGGGCUGGUCGGAAUGCAUCCCUGAACCAGGGUUCGUCAAGGGUCUACGGCCAAAACACCGUUGUCGGUGCUUCAUACUCCCACGCCAGCAUUGUUCAAGGCCCGUCUUCUCAUCAGCGAACCAAGACACCGCCUCGGCCGACGGGAAAUGCCCCGUACCCCGCGUCGCAUCUGGCGAAUCGAUCAGGAAACGUGGUCGCCUCGCCUCCCCGGCAGGCAUACCCUGGAAUCAUGACACAAGGUGUAGAUGAAUGGAGUCGAGAUCCCGCGGAAGAGGACGACGACGAUGAUGACGAUGACGACGAAAUUGUGUACGAUGAUGACGAAGAUGAAUUCGGCCUUCCAAGUCUCGCCAGUAUGCGCAGAAAGAAGGCGGCAACUUUUAAGGCCCAGAACUCGGAUUCUGGAGGAGCAAUGGGAGGAAACCCCACCUCUCUUGGAUUUGGCCUGGCCGCUGCCAAUAGACAACGUGCCAAUAGCGCCGAUAUCGCCGAAGAACGAGGGACUCCAAUGUACCCAACGGCGCGCAAGGGUGAAGGCAAAAUUCUCCGUCCACAGUAUAAGGAUAUUCUGCAAGGAGUGGUAGAUCCUGCAAACGCGCUGAACCUUAUCAAUCACUCGCCUCCGCCCACCAAUGCCUCGCCAAAAGAGAGGGAGAUACAUUCCAGUCAUAUUACGCGCAUCAACAAGUUCAAGCGCAUCCUACAGGCCAGUACCGUGUCUCUCACCGAGUUACGGGACCUGGCAUGGUCUGGAGUUCCGGAAGAGGUUCGGCCAAUGACCUGGCAGCUAUUGCUUGGGUACCUCCCAACGAAUAGUGAACGGCGCAUAUCAACACUCGAGAGAAAGCGCAAGGAAUAUCUCGAUGGCGUACGACAGGCAUUUGAACGUGGCAGCGGAACUGCCUCGAACCCUCCUGCCACCAGUACGGGGCGUGGAAGAGGAUUGGACGAGGCUGUCUGGCACCAAAUUAGUAUUGACGUUCCUCGCACUAGCCCUCAUAUCCCUCUCUAUGGCUACGAGGCUACACAACGAUCCCUAGAACGCAUCCUCUACGUGUGGGCCAUUCGGCACCCGGCGAGUGGCUACGUGCAGGGUAUCAACGACCUAGUCACUCCAUUCUGGCAGGUCUUCCUAGGAGUAUACAUUACCGAUCUCAAUGUUGAAGAGGGAAUGGAUCCGGGUCAAUUACCUCGCAGUGUUUUGGACGCGGUGGAAGCUGAUACGUUCUGGUGCCUGACAAAAUUGCUUGACGGCAUCCAGGACAAUUAUAUCUACGCCCAGCCUGGAAUUCACCGACAGGUUAGAGCAUUGCGGGAUCUGACGAAGCGCAUUGACUCGGCCCUGGCCAAUCAUCUGGAACAAGAGGGUGUGGAAUUCAUGCAAUUUAGUUUCCGGUGGAUGAAUUGUUUGCUCAUGCGGGAAAUGAGCAUAAGAAAUACGAUUCGCAUGUGGGAUACGUACAUGGCCGAGGAGCAGGGCUUCUCUCGAUUCCACCUUUAUGUUUGUGCUGCAUUCUUGGUUAAAUGGACAGAUCAAUUGGUCAAGAUGGAUUUCCAGGAGGUUAUGAUGUUCCUCCAAGCAUUACCUACGAAGGACUGGACCGAGAAAGAUAUCGAGCUCUUACUGAGCGAAGCUUUCAUCUGGCAGAGCUUGUUUCAGGACUCUCGCGCUCAUCUUCGACCGACUGGGAACGAGCCUCCUGAAAAUGGUAUCUUUUAUUGAUAGUAAUCAUAAUUCAUCAUUCUAUUCCGGAC